AUGUGCACCUCCCUGGGCAAAUUGCCCAGCCCUGAGCUGGCAUCAUCUCACAGCUCAGCCAUGAAGGAGCAGCAGCUCACGGUGGCCCUUCGCAUCCGUCCCAUCAGCGCAGCAGAAGAGGAGGAGGGAGCUGCCCUUGCUGCCCUCAGAGUGGGAGAGCAGAGGGUGGUCCUAAUGGACCCAAGUGAAGAUCCAGAUGACAUCUUGAGAGCCAACAGGUCCCGAGAAAAAACAUUUGUGUUUGACAUGGUUUUUGACCACAGAGCAACCCAGGAGGAAAUAUAUGUGUCCACGACCAAAAGCCUGAUAGGAGGAGUUAUUUCUGGCUACAAUGCAACCAUUUUUGCAUAUGGUCCAACAGGAGCAGGAAAAACCUACACGAUGCUGGGGACGGACUGUGAGCCAGGGAUUUACAUCCGCAGUCUUGAAGAUCUCUUUAAGGCCCUUGAAGCUACCACUGAAGAGAUGGAUUACAGAGUCUCCAUGUCCUACCUGGAGAUCUAUAAUGAAGUGAUCCGUGACCUCCUGAACCCAUCCUCAGGGUUCUUAGACCUGAGAGAGGACCCCAGAGGCAGCAUCCAGAUAGCAGGAAUUACAGAAGUCUCCACUACAAAUGCUGAGGAGAUCAUGCAGCUGUUGAUGAAAGGAAACAAGCAACGCACCCAGGAAGCCACCCCUGCCAACCAGACGUCCUCCCGCUCUCACGCGGUGCUGCAGGUGACGGUGACACUGAGAAGCCGGAGGAAGGCGGCGGGCGAGGAAGUGCGGAUGGGAAAGCUCUUCAUGGUUGACUUGGCAGGGUCAGAGAGGGCAGCCCAGACUCGGAACCAGGGCAAGAGGAUGAAGGAAGGAGCCCACAUCAACCGCUCACUGCUGGCUCUGGGAAACUGCAUCAAUGCCCUCAGCGAGAAGGGGGGGAGCAGGGCUCAGUUUGUCAAUUUCAGAGACAGCAAACUCACCCGCCUGCUGAAGGACUCAUUAGGGGGCAACAGCAGGACUGUUAUGAUUGCACACAUCAGCCCAGCCAGCACCUCCUUUGAAGAAUCUCGAAUGACCUUGAUCUAUGCCCAUCGAGCAAAAAACAUCAAGACGCAGGUAAAAUGUAACCUGCAGAACAUCUGCCACAUCGACCAGUACACCAGCAUCAUCACGGACCUCAGCAGGGAGAUAGAGCAUCUGAAGGAGAGGAUCAAAAACCAGGAGAAGAAAAGUGCAGUCAGCUCUGACCUUGGGGAUCUGCAAGGUAGAGCCAGGACAGAGAGGCACCAAGGCUCUGAGGCACCCGGUGGCCAAGUAAUGAAGGCCUUGCGGGCGCAGCUGAUGGGGGCUUUCAGGGAGCAGAUGGAGAUGCGCCGCAGCCUGAUGGAGCUGGAAAACACCAACAUUGAUCUGCACAUGGACACCUGCAGGCACCUCCUGACAAUCACAGACUGGGAACGAGAGAAGGCUCAGGGUGCAUUCAAGUAUGACAAGCCAGCAAAGGAGGAAAAAGAUGAAAACACAGAGGAGGAAGACAGAGAAGCAGAGAUCAUAGAUUCACCUGAACCUCAUGAAGUUACAGUAGCAAGAGAAGAGAUCGACCUGCUGCUGGCAGAACAGCGCAGGACGGUGGCCCUGAAGAAAGAGCUGGAGCAGCACUUAGCAAAUGCCAAGAAAAAAGCUUCCCAGAUGGAGGAGUUUCUCCCCAGACAAAUCACCAGUGAGGAUCAGCAGGAGGUGCUAAGGCUCCUCUGCAGAGCCCAUGAGCUUGAGCUUGGCAACACAGAGCUGCAGGCAAACACACUGUACAAGGAGAAUUUGUUGUGCCAGAAGGAUUUUGUGAUCCAGCAACUGCAGCAGCACAUGCUGCUCUGUGAAGAAAUUAUUCAGCAGCAGCAGAUGCUGAUAACAGCCCAGAACAUUCCUGUCCCAGAGACACUGGCAAGAUUACACCACCUGCACCUCUCUGAGUUGCAGGAGGGGACACUGAACCGCCUGUUCCUGCUGCAUUCAGUGAUGUCCAGCAUGCUUAGGCCCCACAAUAGCCCUUCUCUGGAUGUAAGUCAGCAUCUGGAUCUGAAUAAAGAUGAAGUCAGAAAAGGUCUACCUGGGACCAUGAAGGAUCUUCCCUGGGGGGUGAAGUUUGACAUUCCCUCCAUUACCCAUCAGUCAGACAGGAUCCUGAUCUGCAGCACCAUGCUGGAUUCCAAGCCUCACUUGGCAAGCCAGAGGUGA